CCUUUGAGUCCGUUGUCCGACUGCACAUCAAGAUGGCAAAGCAAAAGCACAAGAAUUCAAAUGCACUGGAAGAAGAGGAGGUGGAGGAAGAUGAUAAAGAAGAGAUGACAGACUUGAACACAAUCUGCUCUGAAAGCACUUUUGAAACUGAAAACCUAGAGGUGCUUGGGGGUGGUGGACGGCUGACCCCAGAGGGUGAAAGCAGCAGGCUCCUCCCGUCUGAAAAAAGCUGGGUGGAACUGGAUGGCUGCCAUACUGUGACCUGCACAUUGACAGUCUCGCUGGCUGUCCCUGCUCUGCCUUCAGGACAAAAGCAGAAGAAAUCCAAUCCACGUGAUAUGCAAGGAAAGAGAAUUCAAGUUGAUGAAUCGGGAGCUAUUCCAAGAAUGCACCGUUGCUAUCACAUUGAGUACUUCCUUCUACCAGAUGACCUCGUACCUAGAAAACUGGAUUUGGUGGUGUUUGGGGUGGUUGCAAAGUUAUUUACAGAAUCUGAUUCCAAGGUGAAAGAUAAUAAAACUAAGUAAUCCAAAAUGUCAUACAUAGAAGGUGGCAGAAUGUUUUCAGAUAUGGAAGGAGGUAAUUGCAUAUUGUUUUAACAGCUGCUUAGGCCUUAUCUGCACACACAGAUACACAACAAAUAUCGAGGAUAGAACUUGACUCUUCUAGUCCAGAUCAGCAGUAACUUCUUAACAUUUAUAGUAAGAGGCUGGUGGAUUUCAGAGUAUUUUACUUUUAUUUUCCUCUGGAUUAUCAGUUUACUUGGGAUUAUAGCUUUUAUCUUUCAAGUACCAAGAUAAUAAUAUAAUAAUUUGAAGGCAACUCUCCAUUUUAUUAACAAUGAAGAAAAAAAUGAAAUUUAUGCCUCUGAUCUUUGUUGAGGAAAAAAAGAUUUUUAAGGUA